AUGAUAUCACCGGCGAGCGAAGCUAUGGAGGACGAGAUUACGAUCGAAAACGGUCGGAGUUCCGGAGUACUGCCACGAGAACUUCACAAAGUACUUCACGCCGGCGUUCUGGUCGGAUUCGAGGUUUUCCGGCACGUUUCAAGGGAGCAUCGCGUGUUACUUCAACACGGGAGUGAUGGUGAUGGAUCUUGA